GUGUACGCUACCCGCUACAACAGGAAGGAAAAGAAGUUCCUGGCGAUCUUCCAGCAUACUGCUGACACCUCUGGGAAGAAUGGGAUCAUGAUUUUGAACCUGCCGAUUCUCAUCUUUUCGGAAGAGGCCGCCGACGAGACCUGGGUCGCGGACAUCGCCAAGAAAUUCUGCAAGGGCAAGCUGGAUCGCGACGGCAUCCAACAGGCGAAACUGAAGUUCAUGAAAGAGAAACGG